CGUCCGCCUCGCUGUCUGGAUGCCUGUCUGUCUGUCAGUGUAUCUUUCCAUCCGUCUUGUUGGCCUUCUUUCAUCUGCUCCAGCUCGCCUGCUUUUUUAUCCAUUGUCGUUGUCUGUAUGCCAUGUUUAUUGUAAACGUGACUGCUGCUAUAGAGCUGAAGAGCAUUCCAAACGCUAACUGACAAUUGACACAUUUGCACUUUGGCAAUUUCUUUUGCACUUCGUCCUCCCACCCAGCAUUACCUCUGCAUUCUCUGCAAUUUUCUUGCACUCUAGAAUCAUUGUCUUUCGUCUUUAAGUCUUUUGUGUGCACUUUCAGUCUCCAAUUUUGCCGUGUCGUGUUGAGAAGUGCUGGACUGCACGUACUUUGCCAUGAUUUACGCGCAUUUUGUAUUGUUUAAUUAUCGUUUAAUUGUUGCAAAGUUUUUGAUUUACGAUUUAAUUGCAACGACAAAUGCCACGCCCAAGCAAGCUGCUGCCUCUUCUGCUUCCACUUUGGCAACAACUCUCACUCUUCCUGGUGACUCCAACGCAACACGAAAUGAUUUAUUGCCAACGCCAACAUUGAUGACUAUGAUGGAACGUGCAAGGACCAUGUCAGAGGCAGAGACCUCUGCAUCAACCUCCUCCUCGACUGGUGGUUCACUGCUGUUGCAUCAAAAACGCUGGCAACACAAACUGAACCGGCCAAAACGGUAUCUCAGCUUUCCCGAGGGCUCUUCGUUUUCUGUCUCAGUCUGCUUUACUGUCGGCAUUGUGGGUAAUCCCAAUUAUGCUUACAGUAGUUUUGGCCUUAAUUGGGGUGUGGCGUAUGAUCUGCCCAAUAUAACAUUGGUAUUACAGAGCUUACAUGGCUUCUCCAAGCAUCCAGUGGCGCCAUCUGUGCUACGCAGGCGUACAAGAAGGGCUCUCUACAGCGAUAUCGAAACCAUUGUGGAUAACAUGGGCUACAAUGGGCGCGAUUGCAUCCUGCGAACUCUUUGCGAGAGUCGACAAUACUUUCAACGUACAAAAAUGAGCAUGAUUGGUGAAAUGUUGAGAUCGAUAUUCAGUCUACCUAAACAGCGAAUAUUCACCCGAGAACUACAUGAGGAUUCAGAUAUUGUGCACUAUGAUCAUGCCUAUCGGUACGCCCACAAUAAUGAUUGCGCCAACCAAUAUAACUGUCAGUUCUCACUGCUUGAAUUGGCAUUUGGCAAAUAUUCAACGCCACCGAAAAAUUAUUACGCUUAAUAAAAAUGGUUGUCAGCAUA